GGGCAGAUAGCCAGGCUGUGAUCAGGAGGAAUAAGAAGCACCAUGGCACUUGGAGGCUUUGUGGAUUGGAGGGGAAACGCCAUCAAUAAACAGGUGCAUGGCGGAGUCAGAGCAGCAUGGUUUUUGUAUGUUCUUACUGUGGCAUCCAACGUGGUUAUUAUCCCAAACCAGCUCAAUAUUGUUACUUAUCUCCAUGGAACAAUGCAUAUGGGGGUCUCGGGCUCUGCAACUACGGCCACCAACUUUUUUGGUGCCACAUCUGGGUUUGCAAUGAUAGGAGCUUUCCUCUCCGACUCCUACAUUACUCGCUCUAGAACUAUGCUCCUUUUUGGUCCAUUUAUGUUUCUGGGAUACGGAUUACUCGCACUGCAAGCCUACCUUCCCUCACUCCACCCACCACCUUGCAACAUUGAAACAGAAGUAAACAACUGCAAAGAGGUCCAUGGAUGGAAUGCUACCUUAUUGUAUACAGCCUUGUAUAUGAGUGCAUUUGGUGAUGGUUUUAUCCGUGUUUGCUUGGCAUCCCUCGGAGCAGACCAAUUUGACCAUGAAGAUCCCACGGAGUCUCGCCAACAGUCUAGCUUCUUUAACUGGUAUACUUUCGGAAUCUCCUUUGGAGGUUUUAUAGGGCUGAUUUUCAUAGUGUGGCUCGAGAACUACAAAGGAUGGGAUAUCGGAUUUGGGGUGUGUGCCAUCUUAAUUCUGCUUGGAUUGCUCGUAGUUGCUGCUGGCCUCCCUUUCUAUCGCAACCAAGUACCAAAAGGAAGUCCUCUAACUCCAAUACUGCAGGUUCUUGUGGUUGCAUUCAGGAACAGGAAGCUUGAACAUCCUGAGAAUCUGGAAGAAGCAUUGGAAAGCUCUGCUGGGACAAUGACAAGUUCUAUUGACAAACUCUCUCAAACAAAAACUCUGAAAUUCCUCGAUAAAGCUUGCAUCAACCGUGGUGAAAAUGGAGCCUGGUCAGUUUGCAGUGUGACGAAGGUGGAGGAGACAAAGAUUGUGCUUCGUUUGCUUCCUCUCUUCAUCAGCUCCAUGAUUAGUUAUGUACCGACCAUUAUCAUUUUCACAUUCACUGUACAGCAAGGUGGCAUGACGAACACAAGGCUGGGAAAGAUCCACGUUUCCCCUGCCACACUCUUUAUCAUCCCCACCAUAUUCCAAUUGAUAAUGCUGGCUGUCUAUGAUCAGUUCCUUGUGCCAUUCUUGCGUAGAUGCACAGGCUAUGUUGGCGGAGUCACUCAUUUGCAGCGCGUCGCCAUAGGCUUUGCCUCCAUGUUACUUGCGUCAGUCAUCGCAGCGAUUGUUGAGAAGAAGAGAAAGCAAGUUGUGGUGCCGAUGUCCCUGUUCUGGCUUGCACCUCAGUUCUUCCUUCUUGGCGUGGCAGAUGUGACGUCAUUCACAGGGCUCCUCGAAUUCUUCAACGCUGAGUCGCCACGCGGCAUGAAGUCUAUUGCCAUUGCAUUGUUAUGGUGCGAGGUGGGUCUCGCGUCAUUGAUGUCUACAUUGUUGGUGAAAACUGUGAACAUUGCCACAAGGCAUGAACAACAUGGAGGCUGGCUUGAGGGCACAAGCUUGAACAAUAGCCAUCUUGAUCUCUUCUACUGGGUUGUGGCUAUUCUUGGACUGCUUGGCUUCUUCAACUACCUGUACUGGGCCAAGAAGUAUGUGUACCAGCACAAUCCACGCAUCGUUGAGGCCACGGCGAAUCAGGGUUCGUUUUGAGAUCGAUAUUGCAUAUCUAUUGUUAUUAUGACAGAAAAAGGGAAAUAUGUCGGAUACACCAGGAUAUGGAUUAGUACAGUUUGCAAAAGAAUGUAUAAGCCCGUACCAGUGUUCUGGUUUCAUAUGCUUA